GGAUGCGCUUUUGAGACGAGGGGAUCCACCCCCUGGCCUCCGUUUCGAGAAGAGCUUGCUUGGUUGGCCAUGCUCUGCCAUGGACUUUGUGCGCCAGUUCCUCGACUGCGAGGGCCAAGACUGGGACGAGCUGAAAGAGCUGACGCGGAAGAACCUAGACCAAGCAGGCCUCCAGGCCCCCGGGCCGGUGCUGGCGCUGGCGCGGCGCCUGCUGCGGCGCUGGACGCCCCUGGCGCUGCUGCGGAACCGCCAGGCGCUGUCCUCGCGCCUGGCGCGGACCGGGCCUGUGGAAGACGUGGAAGAUGACUUCUGCCUCUAUGGCAUCAUGACAGCUCAUUUCUGGCGGUGCUUCGAUGAUGGCACCCCGUCCUGGGCGAUUGCAAGAUGCCUGAAGCGGAUUACGAAUGGGCCGCUGCUGAACAUGGACACCCGCCCGGACUGGGGCGUUUUGGAGUUCUCCCAGAGCUCCUCUUGGCCGCUGCAGCUGCUGGAUGUGCGCUUGGUCCAGGACCACCUGAGCACCUGCUCCCUGUGCCCUCGCCUGGCCGUCCCCGCCCUGCGCCGGCGACUGCGCCUCGAAGACGCCGCCGCCUUUGCGUCCGCGUCCCCGGCGGUGAGGCGGCAGCUGGCGGCCCGGCCGACGCAGCCCGCGUGGACGGCACAGGUGGCGCCGGUGAGGCUGGUGGUCAUUGGGUCCCACAUGGGCAGCAACAUGGAGCCCUUGGCCAUGGUGGAGGCGUGCGUGAAGGCGCAGGGCCUGGAAUUGGAGGCCACGGUUUUGGGCACCGCCUAUCCCUUCCCGGACAUCAUCUGCGAGUCCUUCGGGCACUGCAGCAAGAAUGCCUUCAUCGACGAGGCGGUGCGCCUGCUGGUGCGGCAGAUGUACCGCCCAUCCUGGGAACCGGCGAAGUUGCUGGACUUGCUGUGGCAGGGCCUGCAGGAGAACUUGGAGGCCGACAUUUUUCUCUGCGCGCAGCCCAUGGCAUUGUGCUCCUUCCUGCGCAGCCUUACCUCGCAGCCCAUGAUCUUGUACCAGGCCUUCCCGCUGGUGGGCGCCACACCUCUGGCCUUCCGCCAGCUGCUGUUGGUCCAACUGCGCGAGGUGCAGGUGGCCAACGGGAAGCGCUCUGCCCUCAUAGCCUAUUCCGAGUUCUUGGCGCGGCAGGUGCAGAAGCAGACGGGGCAGCGCCCGUUCUGCCUUCGCCCCCACUCCCUGUAUGCGGUGCAGGCGGGGCGGUACUUUCCGGACCGCGAGAGUCCCCGGAUCUUGCUGGGCCGCAUGGCCGGCUGGGCCCGGAACAGCGCGGGCGCCAUGGUGCGGCUGGUGGAGGCAUUUGCAGAGCUGCUGCCGACAGACCAGCUUCGCUUGGUCUUUCUGGGCCUUGCGAAGGAGGCCUCCGGGCCCGUGGCGGGCAUCGCGCGGCCCUUCUCGUACUCGGAGCUCCGAAGGUUCCGGGGCGCCGUGUACUUCCCCUGGGACAUGGGCAUGCUGGUCUUCAGCGAGCUCUAUGCCAUCGGGGUGCCUCUCUUCCUGCCGGAUCGCGCUUGGAUUUCCUCCAUCAUCAAGCGAAUGCUGGAGUACACGGACUUCGGCUGGUGGCAAGCUCGGGAGGAGGGUUCAGCCGUGGCCCUGCCGGGCGCGACUCCGGGCUGGUUCUGGUUCUCGGAGAACUCGACCAUUUCGGAGAUCCUCGAGCUAUACGAUCUCACUGACUUCGUGCGCUGGCCCUACGUCACCAGCUUUUCCAGCCUCCCCCAGCUCAUGCAGAGCCUCGUGGCGGCGGACUUCGAUUCCACCAGUCAAGCGAUGAUGCGCUGGAACGACGCCAGCUUGCCAUUGUCUCUUGACAUUCUGUCGCAAAUGUUGGGCGCCAUGCUGAGCAACAGCACAGCGCCGCCUGUGGCGUCCACCUGUGUGUAAAAA